AUGGAUUCUUCGAGGAGGUACCAGCCGCCUGCUUGUAAGGCUGGAUAUUAUUCUUCGUAUCAGCAUAUUGGGUCUGAUUAUGGAAUGUCAGUAAUCCCUCCAUCGACCGUCUUCAAGCUGUCAGUAAUCCCUCCAACUAACCGUCUUCAAGCUGUCAGAGGUUUUUUACAGUUGACUUCCAAGAUCAGAGGUACCUUCAACAUCAAAUUUAUCAGAGGUAAUUCAGUUGUCUAUCUUUAUCAUCACUAUUCAUCACCAUGUCCAUGUUUAGGCGUCGUGGGUCACAACGACAACAACAAGAACAAGAACAUCAUGAGCUUCAUCCUGAGUCUAAGAUCAAUGAGCUUAAAGCAGCAAUUGGUCCUCUUUCUGGAGAAAGCGAAAAAGAUGUUGGAAGAGACCCUUGCGUGGAGAUCUACCUAUAAGCCUGAAGAAAUCCGUUGGCAUGAGAUCGCUAAAGAGGGUGAAACCGGGAAAGUAUUCAAAGCAAAUUUCCAUGACCGUUUUGGAAGAACCGUUCUCAUAAUGAGACCAGGACGACAGAACACAACAUCAAUGGACAACCAAAUCAAACAUCUAGUGUACUUGAUAGAAAACGCAAUCCUUUAUCUUCCAGAAGGCCAAGAAGAAAUGGUAUGGCUCAUAGAUUUCACCGGAUGGUCUCUUAGGACCAAUGUCUCAAUUAAAACCGCACGUGAAACCAUCAACAUUUUACAAAAUCAUUACCCUCAAAGGCUAGCCGUUGCCUUUCUCUAUAGCCCACCACGCCUUUUUGAAGCAUUUUGGAAGGUUGUUAAGUACUUCUUGGAUCCAAAAACAUUCCACAAGGUGAAAUUUGUGUACUUGAAGAAUAAAGAGAGUGUGUCGCUAAUGGAAUCUUGUUUUGAUGUGGAUAAUCUUCCAACUGAAUUUGGUGGAAAGGCGACUAUGAAGUAUGAUCAUGAAGAAUUCUCGAGAUUGAUGAUCCAAGAUGACGUUAAAACCGCUAAAUUUUGGGGUUUGGACAAAAAUACCCUUGUUGUGGAAACUAACGGGCAUGCUGCUCCGGCUUUGGUUGCAUAAGAGUUGAGUCACUUGAAUGGUUACAAUUGUUGUAUAAAGUUUAUAGGCAGGAUCAAUUUGUGAUGUUUUUCCUGAAUUUUGUUGAGGAACCUUGAAUUCUCUAUCUAUUGGUGAAGUUUGAUGCUUCUAUUAUUCCUAAUGGAACU